ACAAGAAGCAAAUGCCCAGAACAGGCGUUUGACACUCGAAGAUUUAGAAGAUUCGUGGGAUAGAGGUUUACCACGUAUUAAUACUCUUUUUUCAAAAGAUCGUCAUACCUUAGCGUAUGAUAAAGGUUGGAGGGUUAGAACUGAAUUCAAAAGUUAUCAAAUAUUAAAGAACAAUCCAUUUUGGUGGACACAUUCUAGACAUGAUGGUAAAUUAUGGUGCUUAAACAAUUAUCGAUCUGAUAUGAUUCAAGCUUUAGGUGGUGUUGAAGGAAUAUUAGAGCACACACUUUUUAAAGGUACAUACUUUUCCACAUGGGAAGGUCUCUUCUGGGAAAAAGCUUCUGGAUUCGAAGAAAGUAUGCGAUACAAAAAAUUGACAAAUGCUCAAAGAUCCGGUCUCAACCAAAUUCCUAAUCGUCGAUUUACAUUAUGGUGGUCUCCUACAAUUAAUCGAGCUAACGUGUAUGUUGGUUUUCAAGUCCAAUUAGAUCUUACAGGUAUAUUUAUGCACGGAAAAAUACCAACACUAAAAAUAUCAUUGAUCCAAAUUUUCCGAGCUCAUUUAUGGCAAAAAAUACAUGAGAGUGUUAUUAUGGAUUUAUGUCAAGUUUUUGAUUCUGAACUUGAGAGCUUGCAAAUUGAGACAGUACAAAAAGAAUCCAUUCAUCCUAGAAAAUCUUACAAAAUGAAUUCCUCAUGUGCCGACAUUUUAUUAUUUGCUUCUUACAAAUGGAACGUCUCAAAACCUUCUCUAUUAAAUGAUAAUAAAGAUGUAAUGGAUGGCACAACAACAUCACGAUGGUUUGUUGAUUGCCAAUUAAGAUGGGGAGAUUUCGACUCUCAUGACAUAGAGAGAUAUACUAGAGCCAAAUUCUUAGAUUAUUCCACAGAUAAUAUGAGUAUUUAUCCUUCACCUUUUGGUAUAAUGAUAGGAAUUGAUCUUGCGUAUAAUUUACAUAGUGCUUAUGGUCACUGGAUUCCUGGAAUGAAACCAUUAAUUCAAUCAGCAAUGGCGAAAAUAAUGAAAGCCAAUCCAGCUUUAUACGUUUUACGGGAACGUAUACGAAAAGGUUUACAAUUAUAUAGUGCAGAACCUACUGAACCAUAUUUAUCAUCACAGAAUUAUUCAGAAUUAUUUUCAAAUCAAAUUAUUUGGUUUGUAGAUGAUACAAACGUAUAUCGUGUAACUAUUCAUAAAACUUUUGAAGGUAACUUGACAACUAAACCGAUUAAUGGAGCUAUUUUCAUUUUCAAUCCAAGAACGGGACAAUUAUUCUUAAAGAUUAUUCAUACUUCUGUGUGGGCUGGACAAAAACGUUUGGGACAAUUGGCAAAAUGGAAAACCGCCGAAGAAGUGGCAGCUUUGAUUCGUUCAUUGCCAAUCGAAGAACAACCUAAACAAAUUAUUGUUACUCGAAAGGGAAUGUUGGAUCCUUUAGAAGUGCAUUUAUUAGAUUUCCCUAACAUUGUCAUUAAAGGAAGUGAAUUACAAUUACCAUUCCAAGCUUGUUUGAAAUUAGAAAAGUUUGGCGACUUAAUUCUUAGAGCAACGGAACCUCAAAUGACAUU